AUGCAUGAUAAUUUAAAUGUAUUUGAUUUAUUGGAAAAAACUCAAGCAGAAAAUGAUCAAAAUAUUCGUUUAUAUCAUGGUACAGAUAUUAAAUCAAUAAAAAAUUUAUGUCAAUAUGGCAUAAAUUUAUAUGAAUGUCAUCGUCUUAAUUCUGAUUUUGGUCCGGGAUUUUAUGUGACAGAGAAUUUUGAUGAUGCUUUAUAUAGAGCAGUUAGUAAAGCAAGGCGUAGUAAAACACUUGAUGGUGUUGUCUGUUCUCAACUUCGUGAUAUCGAGUUUUAUCAAUUUAAUAUUCAGGAAUUAAAUGAAACAACAGAAAAAUCUACUGAUCCUCUUGAAUGGUGUAACUUUGUGCAAUUAUGUCGUCGUCGAUUUGCAGAAUAUCCACACAUGUUUCGACGUGAUGCUUUUCGUGGUUCUAUUUGCAAUCAUGCAGAAAAAGUUUAUCGAAGAAAGUAUGAACGACCACAAGCAAAAAUACUUGGAAACAGAAAACCUAUACAGAUAUGCAUCAAAAUUACGACUAUGGCAUCAAAGCUUGAAGGUUCAAUCUUGGGGAUUUAUAUAAUCGAUAUAUCAUCACAAUGA